CAACUGUCCGACACAGAAGCAGCUCAGCGUGGAACCGGCAAAGUCAGAGAAGAGCAGAAGUGGAACAUUUUUACGCACCGCUUCUUUUUUGUGUUUUUACGCACAGCUGUUUUGUGUGUGUUUUUACGCACACACUUUAAAGUCCUUUUGGCACGUCUUCAACAAUCCAUAGUUUUGUCCCUCAUUUUGACUCACUGUUUGGAUUUUGGAUUUUGAUUUUAGCAUAUAAAUGGCAGCUGUCAGUGUACUUUCCUCGCACCUGUUCCUGCUGCUCCUGAACUGUUUCACUGGAGUUGCAGCGAUUAGGAUAAUAAGUGGUUCCGAGAGCGCACAGGACGGCACCUUCUUCCACUCCUCGUCGGAUUCCUUCUUACAUGAUCUGGACGGGGAUGUAGUCUCCCAGCAUAUGUACAAACUCUACGAGAAAUACAACCGAGAAAACCGCCUCAAAGAGGGAAACACUGUCAGAAGUUUCCGAGCGGGCCAAGAACUUUCUGCUGACCACAGACUGAUGUACCAACUAAACCUCACCACCCUCCAGGACUCUGAGGUCAUUCUCUCAGCCACAUUCCACUUCUUGCUUGAUCGGCACCCUCAAAAGACCUGGUUCUGUAAACGCUUCAAGAGCCCAUCCUGCCGUUUUCCAACCAUCCACCCUUCUCCAUCAGUCAGCCUCCUCUUUUACGCUGCCUCUUCAGUGUCAGGGGUCACCUCCGGGUCACUCCUAGGCAAUGUGACCUUCCACCUCCACAGGAGAGGGGUGUGGCAGAUGAAAGACGUGACCCAGGUCAUAAAGGAGGCACGGGAUAAGGAUAAUCUCCUCGUGUCAAUAGAGUUGAUCUUAGGCCCGCAGUACCAGAGCAAACCAGAGGGGAGACUUUCUGUUGGCAGCCUGCCGUACCUGUUACUGUAUGCUGACGAUCAUGCCUUGGAGGAACCCAACAGUGUAGCUACAAGCCUUCAGAGAUACGAUCCAUUCCUCGAGGGAGGAGAGGGCUCCCCUUCCUCAGAGCCCACUCCUCUCCUGCACUGGCCUAAUUCCUCACCGGACUUAAAAGGACGUAUUAGACGGGAAGCAAAAACACGGGCCGACACCAUCCAAAACAACGAGCUGCCAGAUGUUAGCUCCAAGCCCAUCGAAUACAGGAAGGAGGACCUUUGGGAGAGCACUUGGUACCUGGCACUUAAACCCAAACCUAAAUCUGAAAAGAAGGAAAAGAGGACAAAGAGCCACGUCAACGCAGGAGCAGAGGAAAGCAGAGAACAGGACAGAGAAGUUCCUCUGGCUUUCAAUGAAGGGCAAAAAACAUCUCAGUCUGGUGACUCCUCUGUGAACAAAUCCAACAACAAACACAGUCAAACGGUGGCUAUCAGUGAUAAAAGAAAGCAUGAGCACAGAAAGGACAAGGAUGGGAAACAGCACAAGGGGAAUAUAAAUGCUCAGUCACCUGUUUUCAGUUUUGAUGAGCAAACCAUGCGUAAGGCCAGGAGGAGGCAGUGGGGCUACACCCAGCACAGAGGGUGCUCCAGGAGGAACCUCAGAGUAGAUUUUGCGGACAUUGGCUGGAGUGAGUGGAUCAUUGCGCCUAAGUCCUUUGAUGCAUACUACUGCGCUGGCACGUGUGGGUUCCCCAUGCCGAAGGUGACACGACCUUCCAAUCAUGCCACAAUCCAGAGCAUAGUCCGUGCCGUUGGGAUCAUCCCGGGGAUUCCUGAGCCCUGCUGUGUCCCAGAGAAGAUGAGCCCUCUGGCUGUGCUCUAUCAGGAUGAAUCCCGGAACCCGGUCCUCAAGGUUUACCCCAAAAUGUCUGUGCAGUCCUGCUCCUGCAGAUAGAAAGCAGAGGACAGUGAUGUCCGAGGACAAAUCAGGGUGAGCGAGAACAUGAACAAAGGAAAAAAACAGGACUAACAGAAAGUUUUAUGAUACUGGAAAAAAGUGAGUUUUCCCUUUGUAAUUCUUUUUGGAGCACAAAGGAAUCCCUUCCAUCUCUCCUGCAGAUUUUGUGAAACAUCGAUUGAUGACUGCCUCAGCAAAAAGACCAGGCUGGGUCUCCAUACAUCACAGAAGCCCAGUUCUUUUAUUAUAUUGAAGCUUCGACAGACGUACGAGAGCUCUUUUAAUUUUUAUCUCAGAAUCUUCUUAGUGUUGAGCAGCACAACCCAUUUUCUAUCCAUGUUCUGACUGCUUAUAAAGACGAAUUUAUCAGGCAGCCUGCACAGACAACAGGUCAUGAAGAAGAUUUUAACACUUCCACAUGCUGUUUGCAGCAGUUCUUUACUCACACACCACAUUGUACAUACAUCUAAUAUUACUGUUGGGAAGACAGAAAUGUUCUUGGACACUCUUGUUCCUUAAGAAUAAGGAUCAGAUGAACUGUUAAAAGAGUAUCUGGGACUUAUUUGCACCACAAUCUGUCUCGUAACACUUCAAGAAUGUUAUAACAAAACCAUAAUUAUUUUUUUGUAUUUUGAAUAUGCAGCUCAGUUGAAUUUAAAUUGCAAUAUUACUAGGUUAUGUGAUACUGUAUUUUAGAAAUUAUGGUGUUUUGUACAUGUAUGUUGUUUAAAUUAUGAAAAGGUAGCUAUCUAUAUAUUAGAAUUAAAAAGUAAUUUAAUCAGUUA